UUGUCCGGGGACCUCGGAGGUGAUCCGCUGCGAGACCUCGAUCUUUUCUUAGUCUCCGAGCUCGGUGAAGGACUCUUAGAUCUAGAUCUUGAUUUUCGAGCUGCAUCUGACUUGACGGAUCCGCUUCUCGACCUGGCCUUCUCUGGAGACGCGCUGUUCGAGCGAGAUCGUUUCGAUACACUCCUUGACCUCGACCUACUCUUGGAUUUAGAAUGCCUGGGAGUUCCGCUCCUGGACCUCGACUUCCUCGGAGAGCCGCUCCCAGACCGACUCCGGGAUCGAGACUUGGCUCGCGACACACUCCGCGACCGAGACUUAGCAGGGGAUCCGCUGCGUGAACGAGACUUGGCGGGAGAUCCGCUCCUAGACCGGGACCUCGAGUGUGCCGAUCCGCUCCUCGAUCUAGACUCAGCCUUGGAAGCGACCGAAGGACUCCUCGAUUUGGAUUUGCGAGGAGAUCCGCUCCUAGAUCUGGAUUUAUUCGAUCCGCUCAGGGAUCUAUUUGAAUUAGCCGAUCCGCUUCUGGAUCGGGGAGAUUUUGGGGAACUACUUCGGGAGCGGGACUUACGGGAACCGCUGGGAGACCUGGAGCCCGACCGGGACCUGGACGAGCGAGACCUGGAGCGGGACCGGGAGGAAGACUUGGAGCGAACAGAACCAUCGACAGACAUCUUGGACUCAGACCCCACCUGGGAAAUGAUGAGAUAUACAUACAGCCAGUUGUAUGACAACUAUAUAGGGUAUGAAUGA